ACGUUACGCAUUAUUGAGUGUUUUCUAGGGUUUCUUCGGAAUAAAAAUGGUAUAAGGAACAAGUGUUCUUGAAAAAGAUGGGCAAAAUUGUGAAAAUGGCCUAUCCAGGUGGUGGUUUAUAUGUUGUCGAAGGUGAGGUUUGCCUUCUGAUAACAGCUAUGAGACGAGGUACUCGAUGGUCUUCUCACUCUCAUCAGGAUGACGAUCAGGGUACUCUUAUAAAAGGAUUAUUCACUUUGAAAGAGGGAUUAAACGAAGCAAAAGAUUUAUCUUAUUUAGAACCAAGCGUGUUUCUGGCGCCAUUCUUAGAAAUUAUAAGAUCAGAAGAAACGACUGGACCUGUUACUAGUCUAGCGCUAUCUGCUGUUAAUAAAAUGAUAUCUUAUGGUCUUAUAGAUUCUGAUCAUCCUGCAAUAGCACAAUGUGUAGAAGCUAUUGCUGAUGUUGUAACACAUGCAAGAUUUGUUGGAACUGAUGCAUCAGGGGAUGGGGUUGUUUUAAUGAGAAUACUCCAGGUUUUGAGAGCUUUGAUGCUAUCACCAGCUGGAGAUUAUCUUUCAAAUGAAAGCAUUUGUGAAAUUAUGCUCAGUUGUUUUAGAAUAUGUUUUGAAACACGUCUCAGUGAAUUGCUAAGAAAAACAGCGGAGCAUUGUUUGAGAGACAUGGUACAGCAUCUUUUUACUCGAUUACCUCAAUUUGCAGAUGAUACUAGAGUCUUAUUAAAUAUGAAAAAAAUGAGAACAAAUGGUAUGGAAAGUAAUCGCAGUAAGAACAGAAGGAAUAAAAGUCAUUUCAAGCAAAAGGCAAAACAGAGUACAGAGAGUAUAGGAGAAAAUCAACUUCCAAGUCCAACUGAUAGAGUUAGGUCAAGUUGCCUGACAACACCUGUUAAUUCAGUAGGAAAUAUCGUUGAUAUGCAAGGUUCUUUAGAUCAAGGUAGCAUUGAAAAAGCAGACGAAGAAAAGUAUGAUAAUAAGGAGCAUAUUAAGAAAGAUUUAAAUGAUGUAAAUGAAAUUAUCAAACAUGAAGCUGAAUCAGAUAUAAAAACGGAGAAUGUGAAUUUAAAGGGUAUGAAGGAGUCUAAAGAAAAUACGAAUGAAACAGAGGACAAAGCAAAUGUUAUUAUUGAAAAAGAGGAAGUUUUGCAGAAAAAUAGUAAAUGUAUAGAGAAUACAGAAAUGCACGAACAUAAUCAGACGAAGAAAUUAAAUUUAUUGAAGCAAGGAAAUCAAGAAAACCUGAAAAAAUCAAUGUGUAAUGAUAAAAAUACAAAUUUAUCAAAGUCUCCGGCAGGAAGCGUGGAAGAUUUAUCGGUAGAUGAAAAUAUAAGUAACAUAUGUAAAGCAUCUAGAGCUAAAGAAUUUGAACAAGUCGAAGAAUACGUAAAUGCCCAGGGUGUCCGUUUUAUGCCACAUCAACAAUUAGCGCCGUACGGUGCUCUCUGUGUGCGUGAAUUAUUUAGGUUUCUUGUGUCUUUGUGUUGUCCUCACGAUAAACAAAAUAACGAAGUUAUGACACACCUUGGGCUGAGUUUAUUACAAGUUGCUUUAGAAAUUGCUGCCGACUAUCUUUCCAACUUUCCGUCAUUAUUGGUGCUAGUGAAAGAUGAUCUUUGUAGAAAUCUUAUUUUGCUUCUUGGAACAGAUCGAUUGUCGAUACUUGCAGCGGAUUUGCAAGUAUCGUUUUUAUUAUUUGAGUCGCAAAGGGAGCAUUUAAAGUUUCAAAUGGAGCUUCACAUGAACAGACUGAUGGAGUUAGUGAGUUCAGAUUCGAAUAGGAUAUCAUACGAUCAACGUGAAUUAGCUCUCGAUGCCAUUGUGCGAUCAUGGAGAAUACCUGGUUUACCAGCAGAAUUGUACUUAAAUUAUGACUGUGGCUUGUAUUCUACUAAUUUAUAUGAGGAAUUAAUGAAACUUUUUUCAAAGAAUGCUUCAGCCUUAAUGGGUAAUAUGCAGAAUAUGCAAUUCGUUUCUUUGGAUGCGAUAUUCACGUUGAUCUCUGAAAUGGAAAUCAGAUGCAAGGGUUACAAAGAGUUGUGUAAACCAUCACGACAUAGUGCAUCAGCAAAUCUCCCAACACGAGAGGAACUGCUCGCUAUAAAGGCAAAUAAGCGGUGGUUGGUGCUUGGUACAGAAAAAUUCAAUGAAAAUCGGCGGGAAGGAAUUGUUAAACUGGCAGAACACGGGCUUUUGGGCGGUAGUCCAGGCAAUCCUGAUCCAGAGAAAAUAGCCAAAUUUUUGAAAGAGAAUCCUGGCCUUGAUAAAAAGGCUAUUGGGGAAUAUAUUAGUAAAAAAGAAAAUAAAAGUGUAUUAAACUGUUUCGUUCAUAGUUUUGAUUUGAAAGAUAUGCGAAUUGAUCAAGCUUUACGACUUUAUCUAGAGUCUUUUAGGCUUCCUGGAGAAGCUCCACUUAUCUCUCUGUUGCUUGAAAAAUUUGCUGAACAUUGGCACGAUAGUAAUGGAAGACCGUUUGCAUCAGCAGAUGCUGCAUUUACUUUGGCGUAUGCUGUAAUAAUGUUGAACGUGGACCAACAUAAUUAUAAUGUGAAGCGACAAAAUAAUCCGAUGACUGCUGAUGAAUUUAAGAGGAAUUUAAAAAAGGUGAACGGCGGUGCUGAUUUCGACCAAGGAAUGCUCGAUGAAAUAUAUGCCUCGAUUAAAGGUGAAGAAAUCGUGAUGCCUGCUGAACAAACCGGUUUGGUGAAAGAUAAUUACUUAUGGAAAGUACUAUUACGUAGAGGCAUUGGACCUGAAAGUUUCUAUUUAAAGGUUGGGAAUUGUGGUGAAUUUGUGGACAAGGAGCUAGCCGAGCAAGCGUGGGCGCCUAUUAUAAGUGCACUUUGCAGGGCGUACGACAAAGUUCCCGAUAAAUCAUUGCAACGUCGAGUUGCCGAAGCUUUUCACCGUUGCGCGUCUAUUAGUGCACAUUAUGGAAUGAGCAGCGAUUUAGAUACCCUGGUAGUAAGUUUAUGCAAGUUUACCGGUCUUGCGACCGGUGGCGAGCCCGAUCAAGUGAUUUUACACCUUGGUGGAAGUAGCAAGUGUCAGUUGGCUGCACGGACACUUUUUAAAAUUACUCAUAUUCACGGGGAUGCGAUUAGAGCUUCAUGGAAAAACAUCAUUGAUUGUUUGCAAUCGUUAUACAAGGCAAGAUUAUUGCCAAAAAGUCUGACUGAAGGAGAAGAUUUUAUUAGUCCAACGGGGAAGGUAUCGUUACUUAGGCAAUCAACUGUACCAAAACCGGCUCCGGUCGAUCAGGGAAUAUUAUCCAGUUUAUAUUCUUACAUUGCUUUGGAUACGUCACGCAUAUCUCAUCCAAUGGAAACAACUGCAAGAAAAAGGGCUACGGAAUUUGUUGGGAAUUGUUAUCUGAAACAAAUCAUCGUGGAAAGUAAGUUCUUGCAGGUGGAAUCGCUUCGGUCUCUCGUUGGUGCUUUGGUAUUUACAAACUCUCACGACGAAGAUAUAUCAGUAUUUUUGUUGGAACUAUUAUUGGAGGUAACCGUUCAAAAUCGUGACAGAGUAACGUGCAUUUGGCCAAUAGUGCAAGCUCAAUUAGACGGACUGUUAACAACUGCCGCGCGAGAAAAUCAUCCAUAUCUUUUGGAACGAGUAGCCGUUGGAAUGUUAAGAUUAGCAAUCAGAUUAUUACGAGGCGAAGAAUGCGCGUGCACUGUUCUACCGCCUUUGUUACCGUUGGCGUAUUUACCUUCUGCUACAAGCACGCCACUUGCGAGGCAGAUCGCGUACGGUUUGUUCGAGUUACUUAAAACCGGGGCCGCGAAUAUUCACAGCACAGAAGAUUGGAAAGUGGUGUUUAGCUUGCUGGAAUGCGCAGGUGCCGGGGCACUUUUACCAAAGCAAUCGAACACUGUGCUAGACGAAGCAACCAAUUCCAGAACGUCGAUGUUGGAUGCUAGACCGAUUAGUCCAGUACCUGAAUGGGUACUCGCGUCUCCAACAGGUACCGAAGCACCGUUGCCCGUUGCCGCUGACACGAUCAUCUUGGAUCGCGAUUUACAACCUCACGAUCCCGCUGCUCUUGUUAAAUGCUGCGAAAGCUUAACAUUUUUAAUCAGAGAUAUGGCGCACGUAACGCCAUUUAAUUUCGAAUUGUGUAUUCGUUGCGUAAGAACAUUUGCAGAGGCAGUUCUUCAAUGUUCGGGAAAAAGAAAUAAAAUGCUCGGUGGAACGGAAGAAUCUGUUGCUGCUACCUACCAGCAAAGUCCGAUACGAUUGUUAGAUCUAAUGCUUUUACUUCAUACUAGAAUCGCUCAAGUAUUUCGCUGGUGGGCGGAGGAGGGUAACGCCACAGAGAAUAUUUCUUUAUGGCCACAAGUAUGGAGACCUUUGUCACAAGGGAUUGCAAGAUUGUGUUGCGAUGCACGUAGACAAGUACGUACGACGGCUAUAACGUAUCUUCAAUCUACUCUGCUCGCUCACGAUUUAGCACAAUUAUCAGCAGUGGAAUGGUCUCAAUGUUUGGAACAAGUUUUGUUCCCUUUGCUAGCGCAGUUACUCGGACCAAUAGCAUCGAAUGAUCCUAUUGGUGUAGAGGAAACAAGGGUUAGAGCAGCGAUGUUGCUGUCUAAAGUGUUUCUUCAUCAUCUGAAUCCAUUGUUAACUCUUCCUGGAUUUUUACCACUUUGGCUCACUGUUUUAAGUUUACUUCGUGCUUAUAUGCAUGCAGAUAACAGUGAGCUCCUUUUCGAAGCCAUACCAGAAUCGUUGAAGAAUAUGUUGCUGGUGAUGUCAUCCGCUAACGUAUUGGCUCCGACAUCGAAUUUAUGGGCUCCGACUUGGAGAACGAUCGAUGCAUUUUUACCUACUUUGAAAGCAGAAUUAUUCCCAGAACCACCGGUAGUAUCGGUGCCAUCUUGCUCCCAAUCACCGCAAAUACAACACAUUUUGCAAGUUAUCAGUUUAAUAGAGCAGCAGCAACCAUGUUUUUCGGGAUCGAUAGCACCACUUCAGCCGAAAGCUGUGCCAGCUGAGAGCAAAUCGGUUAUAAAGGAUAAUACCGAGGACGAAAGUUUGCGAACUUGGAAGGAAUCGAAUUCGCAGUCGUUAUCCUUAUCCCCUGUGGAGGUAACAAACUUAAGCACAGUGACAAUUUCGCAAACAUCGACGCCUGAUGCAGUGCCAACGUUCGAUGAUAAAGAAUCGCAACAGGUGAUUACUUUAGUCGAUCAGCAAGUACCGAAUGUAUCGAGUACGUUUGCCAUGUUACCAACUACGCAAGAAUCAUUCGAUAUUUGUCAUCGUAUUAUUGGCCGUCCGUCUUUAUCGAUCACUGAAUCGGAUGAACAUUUGACACAAGAGAAAAUCCCACCGUUAUCACCAGGGCUAUCACUCACAUUAUCGAAAGUACCUGUCGAGGAGAGUAAUUGCGAGUAUAUGAAAAAAUCGAUUAUUAGUGAAAAUGUGGGGUCGGAGCAAGUUACACGAACAAACGAAUGCGAAGAGCGGAGACAGCAAGAGCAAUGUCAGCAAACCUUACUACAUUCGCAAUCCGAGCAACAUGUACCAUACAUACAAGAAACGGCACCCGCUGAAACAUUAAAUUCUUUUCCUCACAUAGAUACGUCCGAGAAAUAUGUAAUGCCUGAAAAACGCUUAGGCUUAAGUAAGAAAGAAAUCAGUUUGGCGUAUCACAUCGUCUAA